CCACUCCCACCCACCUUCUUCCCCCUCCCCGCGCCCAAAUCCUAGCCGGCGGCUAGCCACCAGCGCCGCCCUUCUUCCUCCCCCGCUGCCUUCACCUUCCCCUCCCCUUCCCCCACCUCCACCUGCCACCACCUUCCGCCGCGCGGCGCCCCACCCCACCACAUCCAGACCCCCUCCCCCCACAGCGCCGGCCACCGCCUCCCACCACACAGGCCCCGCCGCCGCGCCGGACGGCUACAGAACCACCGGCCUCGUGCUGCCGCCUGGCUGGCCUUCUCGAAGCCCGGCGAGUCCAUGCUCCCCUCCCGGGACCGGCGCCUCCACCCGGCCUCCUCCCUAGCCGGCCCGCUGGAUGGUCGCGCCGCCCGAGAACCGCCUCCGAGCGCGUCGCCAGGUCACCGCCUCCCACCCCUCCGUCGGGCCACCACCCACCGCGCCGCACGACCACCACCGGCCCACCGCGCGACGCUGUUCUGGCCAUCUUCCUCCCCGCCACCACUCUAGAUCGGGCAGUAACUGCGUUUCUCUUGUCGGAUCCAGUCGCCGUUCAGCCAGAUCCGCCGCCCGGCGUGCUAUCCCCGGACACGCGCAGCGGUGGCGCUGGUACUGCGCGGGCGAGGGAGAGGGAGGAACUCCACCUCGACGCCGCUGCCUCUGCCCUCCCCCGGCCUCGUCGACCAUCCCCUUGCCUUGAUCUGCGUCGCUGAUGAGGAACAUGCAGUACGGUGCGGGCAGUUCGGCCAUUGUGGCAGUGCAGCUCAGAGGCGCGCGUAAUGCCGUUCAGUGCUCGCGCGGGUGCAGCCUUGGGAGGAGAGCGUGGAGUCGCCGGGCAUGACCUCAGCCCCCAAGCAGUGCGGACGGUGAGCACGUGCAGCCUGGUGAGCGCGUGCGUGCAGUGCACUGAGUGUGGGCUUCCGCUUCCUCUUCCCUCUUCCGGAUCUACCACCGCGAGACGCCGCUGGGUUUGGAAUAGUUGUCCAUCAGUACGUCAAUACAGGAGGAGGCAUGUAGCCACUCCUCGCCUCCACAUCUCCACCACCGUCCGACGACCUGGUCACACUACCCCGCUCGCCUCCUCACUAUUCGACGACCUCUGUACUGUCGUCCAGUCCCGGCGGCCCCUGACCGAUGAGCUCACCAGUGCCUCCUAUCCUCCCUCCGAGGCGACCUGGCCAGGGACGAGAUCUCGUUGGGUCCUCUCCUCCCACAGCUUCCGUCCGCCUCUGGCGCGCUACACUAAUUUUUCAGUUCCAGCGACGUUGUGGAUUGGGUGCUCACCCGAUGCGAUUCAGUUUUUUCUGCUCACUCUUUUUUCUUCUGGAAAUCAUUUGCAGUGCACUCAGUAAGAAAAAGAAGAGAACAUCGAUGUUCAUUUGAAGUUUGUUUUGUUGUUUAUGGGAAACGCAGAGAGAAAAGGGUAGUAAGAAUGGAUGGUCACUUUGUAUAAGCAAGUCAUUGCCUAGUGCAGUUCUGUUGGGUACCGCAUCGUUGAUUCUGCUGUGUUCUAGAUGGCUGUGUGGCUCA